CGCUUAUUAGCAAUAGAAAUCAAAGGAAACUAAGAAUAACACCUCACGUGACCGUACAUUUGUACAUGCGAUGGUUAUCGAUCGUCUGGUUAUCUGUCGUCAUCAGUUCUCCAUGACCUCAAAUUUAUAAUUCGUCAAGAUAAAGUCUACGACGGAGAACGAUGGUUGAUUUAUGGAACAAAAAAGCCCCACUAUAGAAAAUUAAUUCUCAAAAUCGUCAUGAGGGUGAAAGGGAGAGAUGCCUGUUUUUACGCAUGCCACUUAGUGUCUGUAGUACACAGUGCCCACCAGACGAGCCCUCAAUCUCACUGGAAACACCUGAAGCUAUUUACAAGGAGCAGAAACGAGAGAGAGAGUAACAAAACGGAGAAGAAAACAAAACAAACAAAUGAUAGAGGAACCCUGAACUACCGCCGUCUGCUCCAUCCUUCACCUUUUGUCGUUCUUCGUUAUGUGUGUACAUGGCGUGCCAUUAACCAUCACCAACCAAAAACAGGAUGAAGCUGGAUCGUCGCCAUGUGCUUUCCCCUCACUGAUUUGCAGCGAACCAUCGGUGACCCCUCGCUGUCUUACAACCCGUGAAAUUUGUGAUGGUGUCAACAAUUGUGCUUCUGGUCGAGAUGAACUCAACUGUGGGAGGAAGGACUAUGUCAUCGAUGGCAAACUGCUAUCCACCCGUGAGAUCACCGAAGACAUUCUCAUUGAAGAUAUCUCACAGGAAUCGUGUGCAAAGUUCUGCAAUGAGAUAGUCAGUUUCAAGUGCAUUGGCUUCCAGCACAACCUCCAGUCCAACCAGUGUAGACUUCUUGAUGCCAAAUUUUCUCGCAAAACAGCUAAGGCUUCCAUUCGCAGCUUCUGGAUCACAUUCCAACGUAAUGAGAAUAGUACAAUUAUCCCAGAUAAUACUGUGACCCGUCCAAUUGCUGAUGCACUUUUAAAUGCUGGCAAUGAUGAGAAACCUUUUGAUGGUUUUGAAGGUGACUUUGAUGCCAUCAUUGUUGAAGUUGACUGGGACUCUCCUUCUCAGUCUGAGCGAGUGAAACGAAGAACUGUCUUUUCACCUGCAAUUAUGAGAUCGGGCGCCACGUGUGGUAAUCGCAUGGUUGAUUUCGAACCUCCUCGUCCGGCAAGUAGCCGUUUGGGUCGCGUUGUCAAUGGAGUCGACGCACCCGUCGGAGCUAUCCCAUGGCAGGCUUCCAUCAAGCUUAAGGAUGGCGGCUCCCUUCGCCAGUGGUGCGGAGGAGCCAUCAUCUCUGAGCGUCUAGUCCUAACUGCUGCCCAUUGCAUCGAUCACUUGCGCAAAACUGAAUUUGCCGUUGUCGUCGGGGAGCAUGACACCAGUGUAUCUCAUGCAAAAGAACAAAUUUUCCCCGUCGAGAACUUCAUCAUCCACCCUAAAUUCAAAUCUACCAAAGGCGGCUCCGAUAUUGCUUUGGUGAAACUCGCGACAGUUAACGGCAAAGGUAUCGUAUUCGAUGACGUAGCCCAACCCAUCUGUUUGCCCUCAUCAGAAAGCGAUUACAAACCUGGAACUUGGUGCAGUGUCUCCGGUUGGGGCAUGCAAAAACCUGCAAGUGAAGACACAGUGUCGAAUAUCCUGAAAGUAGCCUCUGUACCUCUGAUCUCAUCCGAAAUUUGCAACAAAAAGGAAGUCUACGGUAAUCAGCUCAAUUCCAAUAGUUUCCCAGACGGCAUGCUCUGCGCUGGAUUCCUGGAAGGUGGUACCGAUGCCUGCAGAGGUGACUCUGGAGGACCUCUUGCCUGUUCCGUCAAUGGUCAAUUUCAAUUGCUAGGCUUGGUUUCCUGGGGCGACGGGUGUGCCGACAAGAACAAACCGGGUGUUUACACUAAAACCUUGCACUACCUCAACUGGAUCCAGGACUCGACUCGCAAACUGUAAAUAACAACAAUUUUCAAUGAAACGCAGCCCUAUUUACCGUACAACGCGCAAUCCACCCAACGAAUCUACCCCACCGAUCCAAGAGGAGAUGAAAAGGAUUCACUAUCUCAACUGGUCAGCUUAUUUUAAACAAAAUCUUCUCCUUCGUGGAAAUCCUGUACAAACCUAUUUAGAUAAAAUGGCACAAAAGAUUCCACCUUACCGUUAUGGACAGGAAUGCACUUUUUUCAGUAACUAAAUAAUAUGAUACCUACUAGUAGCCCAAAAUUUAUGUAUAACUAUAAAUAUUGUAUUAUUAUGUAUAUUUAUUUACUAUUAUUACUAUAUAUAUUAGCAGUAAAAAGGAUCUCUGAAGAGAAUGACUAUUAGCUUGACAAAGAAAACAGACAGAAGUAAACAUCUUCCCGCCAAGUUUUCCCGCCUGAUGGUUUUGUAUUAAAAAAUAAUGGGUGAUGACUAUCACAACGUGUGUUCAAUCGAUCUAGUUUGGUUUUUAGUUUGUACAGCCCCAGUAUUGUGAAUUUUUGUAAUAUAUCUUGAGACAUGAAAAUGAA